UCAAACAGAUGAGGAUCCUGCACGUGAACGGAUUUAAUCCCGAGGAAAAGAAACAGAAAAUCCUGGACAUCCGGAAGAACGUGAAGGACGCUAUUGUGACAAUUGUUUCAGCAAUGAGCACUAUAAUUCCGCCGGUCCCACUGGCCAACCCAGAAAACCAGUUUCGGUCAGACUAUAUCAAGAGCAUAGCCCCCAUCACUGACUUUGAAUAUUCCCAGGAAUUCUUCGAUCACGUGAAGAAACUGUGGGAUGACGAAGGCGUGAAGGCGUGCUUUGAGAGGUCCAACGAGUACCAGCUCAUCGACUGCGCUCAAUACUUCCUGGAGAGAAUUGACAGCGUCAGCCUGGUGGACUACACGCCCACCGACCAGGACCUUCUCAGGUGCAGAGUUCUGACGUCAGGGAUUUUUGAGACUCGAUUCCAAGUGGACAAAGUCAACUUUCACAUGUUUGAUGUCGGAGGCCAGAGGGACGAGAGAAGAAAAUGGAUUCAGUGCUUCAACGAUGUCACCGCCAUCAUCUACGUGGCGGCCUGCAGCAGCUACAACAUGGUCAUCCGUGAGGACAACAACACUAACCGCCUGCGUGAGUCCCUGGACCUCUUCGAAAGCAUCUGGAACAACAGGUGGUUACGGACCAUCUCCAUCAUCUUGUUCUUGAACAAGCAGGACAUGCUGGCGGAGAAAGUCUUGGCAGGGAAAUCAAAAAUCGAAGAUUAUUUUCCAGAGUAUGCAAAUUACACUGUUCCUGAAGACGCGACACCAGAUGCAGGAGAAGAUCCCAAAGUCACAAGAGCUAAAUUCUUCAUCCGGGACCUGUUCCUGGUAAGCGGUUUCCAUAUCUCCGUCUCCCUGCCACCUUAGGGUGCCCUGCUCUC